CCAACCACGCCAUCCAUGGCCGCCGCCGCCGCCCUAUCCCUCCACCUCCACCUCCGCCUCUGCCCGCCUCCCCAUGCCCACCGCAGGCCCCCUCGCCACGCCCCAUUCCUUCUAUCCACCCCUCUGCCGCCCCACAACCUCCGCGUCGCCCACGCCCGCCUCCCUUCACCGUGGCGCCCCUCCGUCAGGGCGCGAGCAGGCACCGUCGACGCGCCGACCCUCGCGCGCCCCGGCGGCGCCGUGGAGACGGACCGCCUCCCGCCCGACGUGCGCGACCGCGCCAUGGACGCCGUCGACCACUUCGGCGGCCGCGUCACCAUCGGGGACGUCUCCUCCCGCGCCGGCCUGCAGGUCGACCAGGCGGAGCGCGCGCUCCAGGCUCUCGCGGCGGACACCGGCGGCUUCCUCGAGGUUUCGGGGGAAGGAGAGGUGCUCUACGUCUUCCCCAAGGACUACAGGGCCAAGCUCGCCGGCAAGUCAUUCAGAAUGCGGGUCGAGCCACUCGUCGACAAAGCUAAGGAAGUGGGCGCCUAUGUGGUGCGGGUGUCCUUUGGGACGGCACUAGUUGCCUCCAUUGUGAUUGUAUACACUACCAUCAUUGCCAUUCUCUCUAGCUCCAGCAGUGAUGAAGAUAAUCGUGGCAGACGGCGCAGAUCCUAUGGAUCUACCAUGUUCCUCCCAACAGAUCUAUUUUGGUACUUGGAUGCAGGUUCCUCUAGGAGGCGGCGGGUCGAAAAAGAGAACGGGAUGAACUUUAUAGAAUCUGUAUUUUCAUUUGUAUUUGGGGAUGGCAAUCCUAAUGAGGGGCUUGAAGAUACAAGGUGGAAGAUGAUUGGGCAGUAUAUUUCAUCAAAUGGUGGAGUUGUUACGGCAGAAGAACUGGCACCAUAUCUUGAUGUAUCAGCACCUUCAGAGCAGUCUAAGGAUGAUGAAUCGUUUAUUCUUCCAGUUCUUUUACGCUUCCAGGGACAUCCAGAAGUUGAUGAGCAGGGAAAUAUUCUUUAUAGAUUCCCAUCGCUGCAACUUACUGCUUCAUCGAAAGGAGGUGUGAGCAGAGAAUAUGUUGGUACAAAAUGGUCUACAAUGUUCGGUAGCAUCGAAAGAUUUAUGGAAGAGAAACCAUGGGAAUUCAGUAAAGCAAAUGCAUCAGAGAGGGCAAUGGUUGCUGGUCUGGGAGGACUCAAUCUUUUUGGUGUCAUUAUUCUGGGAAACUUAUUGAAGCAAAUGACAAUGACGCCUGGUGGGCUUAUCUCAUUUGCUGCACAGCUAUUUCCGUUGCUUCAGAUAUAUGCUGGCUCCUUUUUUGCAAUACCAUUAUUUAGAUGGUUGCUGCUACGUAAGACCAACAAUGACAUUGCAAGGAGGAAUAAGGCCAGAGAAGAAAGAGCCCAGGAACUGGUUUCGCCAGAGCCUUCUCUCAGAAGAAAGUUGCUCAGUGCACGCGACAUGGCUCAACGGAAGGUGAUUACACCAGAUGAGAUUGUCUACACAACCGAAAAGGAUCUAUUGGAUCAGGAAUAUGAUGUGAAGGAGUGGGAAAGGCGAUUUAAGAAGAUUGAGUCAGACUGAUGUUAAUGAUGGCUAUACUUGAAAUUCAUAUCAUGCAUGGAUGGUUCUUUGGUCUGGCUUGCUGAUCCUUCCUGGGUGUAGGAUAGAUCUGAUUAAACCAUUCAACCAAGUGGGCAGAAUGCCUAGAUGAGAGACUGAAUGGUUCUGGCGCCUGCUGGUAUUCUGUGAAAUUUUUGCAGCAGCGGUUGGUUUAAUUCUAUGGAUGAAGGUACUGCGGCUGCUGUACAUAUAUGUAACAUUAGUCUGCAAAAUUGUAUAGAUAGCUGUAGCUCAACGGACAGAAGCAAAGAAAUCAAAAUUAAGAGCAUGACACGGGAACCCGGGAUGAUAUUACUCCCGACUGAGGGCUAGUGGGAAAUGUAAAGGAUAAUGCUCAUUAAACUGUGGCCGAGACAUGAGCAUUAUAGAGUCUAGAUUAAUGAGACUUGAGGAUAGUUAAUGUCAAGUUCCUUGGUUU